AUGAUGACUCGCACCGUGACAUCUCCGCCGUCGUGCAGUACGCGAACCAGAACACAGCGCCAGCAUCCUCAGCAACACCAGCAACACCAGCAGCAACACGACCAGACGCCGCCAAUAUUCACCGAACCGCCACCGUCGACCUCUGCCUCCGCGGUACCUGCUCCGCACCAGCAACACACCCAUGCAAACACACACCAGUUCAUCUACACCCACAACGAACCGCCGCCAAAACGAACAAAGCUACACCAUUCCCCGCCCCAGGUGUCGGGGCAGCUCCCCUUACGCGCCAGAGAUGCUCUGGGUCAGCCCAACGUCGUUGCACGGCCUCACUCUCUCCCCCAGCGGCACAUACAGACUCAAUUGGUGACUAUCAGAAGUCCCAGAAACGGCGAUGACAGUCUCGGGAAACGCGAAGGUGUCUGUCUGUCGUUCGCCAAACCAGAUGCUACAGCCAAUUCAGGCAUUAGGACCAGUGACUCGGUGUUAGUCCGUCCAAUAAGGAACGCGUUGAGACACUCUCGAUCCAUACAGGUGGAUGAAGGAGAUAUGCCCCUUGUUCAGGGAGCUCCGAGUGGCAGAGGAGAUGCUGAUAUGCAUGGUGUUGAAGCUACUAAGAAUGAUGUUCAUCUGAAACCACCACAGGAACCCAGUGCCAGCACCCCUGCUGGAGGGGAGAAGAGGUCUCUACGGUCUCAUGAUGGAGGUACCAGGCCAUCAAAGAGUGAACUGGCCAUGUAUUUCCCCAAUUAUGAACAGAUCCUUAGCUUGGAGCCAACAAAACAAGAGUUCCUCUGUGCUGAGACUACAAUUACCCUGGUUGAUGACCUCACUGAACCGUUAACACCAGAUCGUGACGGACUAGGAUCAUCGUCACUCCCCCAGAACCCCCUUGAGAACCUUCACAACGCAGAAGUCGUUGAACUUGGGUCAUUCGAAGGAGCUGGUGACAAGGAUCCAUUAGAUGAAGAUGCCUUUUUCAAAGCACACAGGAGGCUUGAAAGGCAAGAGAAGCAGCUGCGCAACCUUGAAAAGGAGCGAGCUCAAUAUGAAAAGACCCAGCUCGACCACUUGCUAGGCGAGCUGCAGGGCCAUGACUGGCUCCGGGUUAUGGGAAUCAACGGAGUCACCGACACUGAAAAGAAGUUGUACGAGCCUAAACGAGACUAUUUCGUAGGAGAAGUCAAUUCUUUGCUUGAAAAGUUCCGAGCCUGGAAAGAAGAGGAAAAGCGAAGGAGAAUCGAACGGGAACAGGCACUGCAGGCGGAAGAAGACGAGCAGUCAGACUCCCAGGAAGAAAACGAAGAUGAAGAUGACGAAGAAGGCGAGGAAGAUGAGGAAGAUGAGGAAGAUGAAGAGGAGAAUGAGAAUGAAGAUGGUGACGAUGGUAACGAUGGUGAAAGCGGUGUCGCUGAGGAAAGCUCUGAACGGGCAUCAACCACGGCACUUGGUAGUGUCCCAGACCCAGACGACGUUGACCGCCUAGCUGCACACCAGCUCUACCAGGAGGUUAUAUCAGCGACCAAAAACAAGAAACUAAAGAUUCGGAAGAGCAACCAAACCUCUGAGCCAAUCCAGCAGCCCAAAACACCCCCUCAGCAGCAUUCACCAGGAAGCAAGGGCGUUGACACUUCAAAGCCUGCAGCACCAUACAUCGAACCUGAUCCAUGGCCCGCAGGUCCCUUCCUGUCCUUCUUUUCCAAACCCCAUCUUCGAGACGCAGCUGUCAAAAAGCACAAGCGAGGUCGAACGCGGAUGGCAUUUGGGAAACCACUGCCGGAGCUCGUAGAGACCUCGUUCCGACUACCAGAUGAUAUCCUAACCCCAGAGGCCAUCAGGGCAGCUCAGAGGAGGAACAGACGGAUGAGGCGAGAGGAUGGGAAACCAGGAAGCCGGUGA